AUGAACCCAGACUCGUUUGUGCGCACUGACGGCGCGUACGUUUCUUUCCAUGAGGAGUUUGACCUAUCAGUUGUGACAACGCAAGUGGCGGGAAUCGGCCCUAUUGGUCCCCCCCGCCGCAUCGACCUAUCAGACGACAUUUGUAGUGUGGUGGGACAGCACGUGUGGAAGGUGGGCAGCGCAUCAGGGCUAACCCAGGGCACCAUAGCAGCAUAUGCAGUGGAGCACAGAGAGGGAGAGACGUCCCUCUUCACAGACCUCCUUAUUGUGGGCCGGGACGGCCAUGCAUUUGAUUGUGAAGGGGACUCGGGUGCGCUCGUGCUCAUGCUCCCCACUGCAGCAGCACAAUCACCCAUCAUGCUCGCCACUGCUGCACUGUCGUCUCCUCCCCCUGCUGCUCCGCCUCCUCCCCCUUCUUCUCCGCCUCCUCCCCCCUCUUCUCCUCUUGCUGCGCCCAUACCUUCCACCGCUCUUCCCAUUCCCUCUGCACCAGCAGCAGCACCAGAAGAAUCAGCAACAACAGCAGCGGCAGCCGUAGCAGCAGCAGUAGCAGCAACAGCAGGGCCACGAGAACCAGCACCAGCAGCAGCAGAAGCAGCACCAUCAACAGCAGCCUCAGCAGGAAUACCGGCAGCUGCAGCACGAUCACCACUACCACUACCACAACCAUCAGCAGCAGCAGCAGCAGCGUUGCUAGUGCCAGUUGCGAUGGUGUUGGGCGGAGCAGCAAGCAGAGGGGGGAUGAAGCUGGGGAGUGGCAGGGGGGCGCAGCAGUGCAGCAGUGCAGUUGACCUCUUUCGCCUGCUCUCCCUGUUGGAACUUGAGAUGGUUACCAGUGACGGCGAAUUGACAG